CAGAAGUGAGAAGAGGAACACGAAGGCCACAAGUGAGAAGAGGAACACGAAGGCCAUUCGAAAAUCCAUAAGAGAUCAAAGGAGAACGAAGAAGCAUGACAAGAGUUAACGAUGGGAGCCAAUCUUCGACAAGCACUUACAAUGAUGCCACUGUUCGUAGAACUCUCUACUGUGACUGUGGGGUUUUGUCUCCGUUAAGGACUUCAUGGACAGAGGAAAAUUUGGGUCGAAGGUUCUAUGGGUGUGGACAAUACCAGGGUAGGGUAAGGAGGUGUGGGUUCUUCAAAUGGCAUGAUCCUCCUGUAAAUACACGCCAGAACUUGAUGAUUUCUGGAUUGCUGAGUCAGAUUGAAAUCUUGAAGAAGAAGGAGAUGUUCUUAAUUAGGUGUUUAGGGUUGUGUGUUAUUGUGAUUGUCCUGUUGAUCAUUGUUAUUGGUAUCAUGGUUAUCAAAGCAUGAUUUUUUAGGGAGUAUUUGUGGGGUAUGUAGUUUGAGGUUUGGUAUGUUAUUGUCAUCA